AUGGAUCUUGAACUGGGACUUCAAAACGAAACUGUCGUUGUAACAGGUGCAGGAGGGCAGAUCGGUAAAGUCAUCGUUGAUGCUUUCUUGAGCGCUGGUUGCUUUGUGGGAGCUUUUGACAUCGACGAGUCUAAAUUCUCCAAGCAGCAUCCUAAUCUGUUCUGGGUCGCGGUCGACACAACUGAUGAGAAGGCCAUGGGCUUAGCCUGGGAGAGUGUCGAGGAACGGUUCAAUUCAACUCCCACACUUUGCGUCUGUGCGGCUGCCCUUGAUCUCAGCUUCAUUCAUCACCACUCGUCUAUUAUUGGCAUGCCCACUAGCCAGUUCCGCAGGACGCUUGAGGUGAACACCGUCGGAACCUUUAUAACGGCAAAGCUAUGGCUUGAGCAUGUGGACAGAAUGAGCAAAGCUGACGAGAAGAUGGCAAACGUUGCAAAUGGAUCAAACGGAGCAAACGGAGCAAACGGAGCAAACGGAGCAAACGGAGCAAACGGAGCAAACGGAGCAAACGGCACUGGUGCAGCUGGAGCCCAGUCGCAUACCGAGAAAAGGAAGAAUAUCUCAUUAAUCAUACUCGGCUCUGAAGCUGGCGAUUUAGGCGUCGCCGGCAAUCCAGAUUAUGCGGCAAGCAAGUCUGCUGUUCAAUACGGGCUCGUCCUGUCCCUGGCCCCGGAUGCCGCGCGCAUUCAUCCAUCGGCUAGAGUCAACUCCAUCUGUCCAGGCGCUGUAGACACGAGGCGCUUCCGUGAGGAAUGUGCCGAAGAUGCGCCUGGGAAGCUCAAGUGGAUCGAGGCCGAGUCGACCGUCGCCCAGAAGAAGGCAGUUGAUGUGGAAGGAAUCGCCAAGAUGUGUCUAAUACUGGCCAGUGAAAUAUGGUCCCCAUCGACCACUGGGCAGAUUAUACGACUGAAUGGCGGCAAGAGUGGGAGGUUGUUUUGGGACGAGGUUGGAAAUGCGCUUUGGUAG